CAACCCUGCUGGCAAAAAUAUGUCUACCUCCUCUUCAUGACGUAUUCUUUUGUAUAGACAUCUUCGUAAACUUCCGGCUGGGAUUCUUCAAUGAGGAUAAUCAGAUGCCCAUUGUUGAUCCUCAGUUGAUCAAGAAUGAAUAUCUAAGAUCUUGGCUUGUUCCAGACCUGCUGGCUGCAUUUCCGGCAGACGUCUGCAUUGUAAUUGUGGAAAACUAUCACUUUGACACGAGCUCGCUGAUGGCCUCAAAGUUUCUGAGGAUCCUCAUGUUUGCGAGGAUUUUGAGCAUGAUACGUCUUAUCCGUGUGCGGAAGCUCACCAGGUUUUUCAGGCAACUUGAAAGUGUUUCAUAUAUCCGGCUCGCAGCACUCAGAAGGCCCUUUAAAUCCAUGUGUGUAAUUCUGCCGCUUUUUCUUAUUACCCACUGGAACGCCUGCAUCCAGUUUUACAUAUGUGCGCUGUGUGAAUUUCCACCUGAUAGCUGGGUCAUUAAAGAACACCUCCUGAAUGCCUCAAUUGGAGUGAAGUACUCCUCUUCUUUCGUUAGGGCAUUCUCUCAAAUGACCCAGACACCAUAUGGAUUUUUUGACCAUGCGAAACGUCCUGAAGAACAGUGGACCGCCGUCUUAAGUAUUCUGAUCGGCUGGUGGAUCUUAAUUAAAAUUGUUGCUUUGAAGACAGCAGCAUUUGCAGCUAAAAAGGCGACCGUAGAAGAGCUGAAAAACUUUGAGCAUCUGCCCAAGGCUUUGCGCGAGCGUGCCAUUGCAGGCUACAGAUGGCAACAGAAGAAGAGCUCUCUUGGCCUCGUGCAAGAAUCACUAAAGAAGGAUGUUAUGAAAGCCCUGUACCCAAAGGUGACAAAUGUACGCAUCUUUGCUAGCGGCAAUGUAAAGUUGAGCGAGGCCGUUCUAAUGAUGCUGGAGUACGAAAUCUUCCAGGCAGGCGACAUCAUCUUCCAUCUGAAAGGUCCAGCUGACAGGAUUUUCUUUAUUGAGGAUGGACGGGUACUCGAGGAGACCACGUUCUUCCAGCGAGAGCUCUCAUGUGGAGAUUUCUUUGGAGAGAUCUGCUUGCUCUUGGGAGCACAGCAGCCUGUUCAAGUCCGUGCCUUAAGUUCCUGCACACUUUUUUCCCUGUCUGUGGACAAGCUGCAGGAGCUUGAGAAGAGCUUUCCAGAUGUGCUGAACGAUCUGCGGGAAGUGGCUUAUCAGCACCUUACAGAUAUCGAGCAAGGUGCUGCGGAAGGUGACGAAGAAGAUCUAGUGUGAAGAAGAUCAAAUUCUUUGUCAUUUAUAUUUGGGUGGAUAGGUGGAUUAGUUUGUGGUAUGUAGGAAAUGUAGAAAGCCACCAAACUUCUGUGUACACUGUUUAUAUUUCUUAUAUUUAUAUUUACUUAUAUUUAUAACAAAAAAUAUAUAAUAUUUAUUAAUCUAUUGAAUGUUUAUAAAAUAUUAUAUACUCUCA